UUCUUGGAGGGAUUUGGGGGGGGCAGAGAGAGAGAUUUAAGAAUUGAUAGGUGGUCGAGUUGUGUUUGGCCGGGUGGAUACGCGCAGGCUUAGUCGAGGAGCCUUCUCCCUCUUCUCGCAUGGGAUUAUUGCCAACGAUGGACAGAGGGAGGAAGGUGGCACAGCUGCUGGUGUUUCACGGUUAUAAACGCGCGGAGCAUCGCGUAGAGACGCUGACAUUUUUAAUUGUCACAUUAGGGAACAUUUAAUAGCAUUUGAAACAGCUUAAAAGAAAAGUGUUUUUGCCAUUGUUAUCGGAUCCCCCCCCCCCCCAAAAAAAAGAAAGAAGAAGAGGCGCAACCAUGACGACCGAGAGCUCCCAGCAACAUUUGGAUCCAUCGAACCCUCCGCGCUCCGCUCAGGGGCCCGGUGCUCUGAAUGCAGGUCUGCUGAGCGCACAGCCGGUGAUGGAGAGCGCGCACACUGCAGCGGUUAAAGGGAAGAAGGGGAACUCGGGUCUGAGGCGGCCGGAAAAGCCCCCCUACUCAUACAUCGCCCUUAUCGUGAUGGCAAUUCAAAGCUCGCCGACCAAGAGGCUCACUCUGAGCGAGAUCUAUCAGUUCUUGCAGGCCCGCUUCCCUUUCUUCAGGGGAGCAUACCAAGGAUGGAAGAACUCCGUCAGACACAACCUGUCUCUGAACGAGUGUUUCAUAAAGUUGCCCAAAGGUCUCGGCAGACCCGGCAAGGGGCACUACUGGACCAUCGACCCCGGGAGUGAGUUCAUGUUCGAGGAGGGCUCCUUUCGUCGCAGACCUCGGGGAUUCCGCAGGAAAUGCCAAGCUCUGAAGCCGAUGUACAGGAUGAUGAACGGUAUCGGCUUUGGUGCGUCGAUGCUGCCUCAAAACUUCGAGUUCCAGCCUCCUUCGGGCUCAUUAGCGUGCCACGGCGGCUAUAACAUAGACUUAAUGGGUAAUCCAGUGCCGGGGGGCUACGAGGGCCUCGGAGGGGGCCACCACGUCCCACACAUGUCAUCGGGCUCCGGCUCGUCGUACAUGGCCGCGUGUCAGGCAGCCUCGAACACGGACUAUUGCCCGGAGAGCAACGGCAGCCCCCUGCAGUCCUCCCCGGCGAUGCUGGGCUCCCUGGACUGUCAGUCGCCUUAUGCAAACGCAGCGUCACACUGGAGCUCACCUGGUGUGCCUUCAUACAUGAAGCAGCAGUCACUGGCAUCGGGCAGCCCCACGUCCUCUGCCCUGCACACGGGGAUGUCCUCGUACUCCCUGGAUCAGGGCUAUCUGCACCACAGCGCACGCGAUUCCUCUGACAUCUCAGUGGGCCUGUCUCGAUAUUCCAGCCACUCGGCUCCGGUGUGCGACAGGAAGGACUUCGUCCUGAACCUAAACGGAAUCUCUUCCCUCCAUCCCAGCAGCGGAGGAUCGUAUUACCAUCAGCUCCAUCACCAUCACCAGAGUGUCUGUCAGGACGUGAAGCCCUGCGUCAUGUGACGGAGGAAAUGACCGAGAGAAAGAAAGAAAGAAAGACAAAUAUCCAAUGUCCAAUAUCAUCUAACAUCAACCCACAGGCGGAGUUGGUUACUGUUACAAAACUCAUUUGGCGGAAAGACAAUUCGAUUUUCCAUAUUUCUUUUAAUGAUGCUUAUGAUACGAGGACUCACGUCGACUGACCUUACAGUCAUGGAUAAGCAAUAUUUACUUGUUACUGAAAAAACUACAUAGAACACUUUCAUCUUUAUUCAUGCACUUAAUUUUGUUUCCCCCGAUGUUACUGAAAGAUGUCACAAGUCAUUAAAGAGAUUUAUUUUUAAACGAG